AUGGCGACCGCGAUCCUGCAGCCUCCCGUGCUGCUGACGGCCUUCUCCCGCUGGUACCUGUACGUCAUCCACGGCUACUUCUGCAAGGUCAUGUCCAUGGCGGUGUGGGAGUUCGCCGUGCAGUCCGAGUGGAAGUUCCCGGGCGUGACGAGCGUGUGGGCGCUCUUCAUCUACGGCACGUGCAUCCUGGCGGUGGAGCGCAUGUACCUGUACCUGCGCGGGCGCUGCCACGUGUUGGUGCGCUGCCUCAUCUACACGCUGUGGACGUACAUGUGGGAGCUGAGCACGGGGCUGCUGCUGCGCCAGUUCCACGCCUGCCCCUGGGACUACUCCGCCUUCCGCUACAACUUCCUGGGCCUGAUCACGGCCGAGUUUGCGGUGCCGUGCUUCUGCGCCUCCUUCAUCGUGGAGCGCCUGGUCAUCCGCAACACGCUGCGCCUGCGCUACCAUCAGGGCAACGACGACGGCUGGGGGCGGAACUACAUCGACUGGUUGUCCGGCAAUAACAGCUUCUUCAAAUGAGACUGAA